UGAAAUCAUUCUGGGAAGACCGGCUCCUCCCUAGUGAGUUUCAGGGCUCCUCCCUGAAUCAUUAGAGUUCUUCAUGUACUUAAAGGACCAAGACAUCUUAGAGGAUCAAGCAGACAACCGCAGGCUCCUGCCUGGAGAAAACAGAGAUCUAAGGGACCAUUUUCUGUGUCUUUCCUGCUCUGCACAGGGUCUACAUACUGUGGUGUUCGUGAUGGUCCUGAGUGGGGCACUGUGCUUCCGAAUGAAGGAUUCAGCCCUGAAGGUACUUUAUCUGCAUGAUAAUCAGCUGCUAGCUGGAGGACUGCAUGCCGGGAAGGUCAUUAAAGGUGAGGAGAUCAGUGUUGUCCCAAAUCGGGCACUGGAUGCCAGUCUGUGCCCUGUCAUCCUGGGUGUUCAGGGAGGAAGCCAAUGCCUAUCCUGUGGGACAGAGAUGAAGCCAAUUCUGAAACUUGAGCCAGUGAACAUUAUGGAGCUCUACCUUGGGACCAAGGAAUCAAAGAGCUUUACCUUCUACAGGCGGGAUUUGGGUCUCACCUCCAGCUUCGAGUCAGCUGCCUAUCCAGGCUGGUUCCUCUGCACUGCCCCCGAAGCUGACCAGCCUGUCAGGCUCACCCGGAUUUCUGAGGACACCACCUGCGAUGCUCCCAUCACUGACUUCUACUUUCAGCAGUGUGACUAGGGCUGCAUAGUCCCCCAAACUCCCUAAGAAAAAGCAGAGUAGGCAUGGCGGUAGAGGGUUGGUGGUGAUAGAGGAGCUCCACAGUGGAUAACUUACUCCUCUCUCUCCCUACAGGACUCCCUCUUCUGACUUAUAAGGCUCACAGGCACUCUGUCUUCUCCUGGUUCUUAGUGCUGGUUAAUCUGGUAUUUGGAGAUCAGUGUGUAGAUUCCUUCCAAUUGGAUGGUACUACCAUUAGUGUGGAACCUGAUAGAAACCACAUAGGACAAAUAAAGAGCAAUAUAAAAAGA